ACGUCUACAAUAAGUCUAUACUUUCCCUUGUGCGUGACCGCGCGCCUGCGUCAAUUGCUGCGGGCGGGGCAUAAAAUCUCGCGAGAAGAGGCUGGAGUUGGCUUUGAAAAAAUGGCGGACGAGGUGGACCAGCAACAAACCACAAAUACUGUAGAAGAGCCCUUGGAUCUUAUCAGACUCAGUCUUGAUGAACGAAUUUAUGUAAAAAUGAGAAAUGACCGAGAACUUCGAGGCAGAUUACAUGCUUAUGACCAGCACUUAAAUAUGAUUUUGGGUGAUGUUGAGGAGACUGUGACAACAAUAGAAAUUGAUGAAGAAACCUAUGAAGAGAUUUAUAAAUCUACCAAAAGGAAUAUUCCGAUGCUGUUUGUCCGAGGAGAUGGAGUUGUACUUGUAGCUCCUCCACUGAGGGUUGGCUGAAACCAUGAAAAGAAAUGGUCAUCGUUUUGAAAACGGACCUCUGGACACUGUCUUCUGAUGCCCUUAAACAUUAAGAUUCUGCCCUUAAUUCUGAAAGACCAUCCACACCUGAUUGUUGUGAAGGCAUAAGAUCAUUUGGCAUAUAAGUUGAUAUAAGGUUUUUUUUCCAAAAUAACUUAAAUGCAGGUGUCUUUAUGUAUCAAAUUGGUGGAUGUAACAAUUUUAGUUGCGCUUGUGGCCACUGAUCUUUUUUUAAGAAAUAAAUCUGUUUGGGUUUUUUUGUAUGUAUGUGUUUAUAAGCACUUUCCCCAUUUAA